AUGAUGCCUGCCUUCCAGGCUCUCUGCAACCCAGAUUUUGUAAUCAGGGCAUAUGUCACUGGAAAGGCAGAGGUUGACAGUGGAGCAAUGAAAAGUAUCAGAUAUUACACUCAUACCAUCGAGGUGUUCAAACAGCCUAUUGAGGAAAUUGUUGCUGUUUACUCUUCCUUGGAGUGUUUAGCCACUUUGCAGUCUGAUUGGGCAGAGUAUCUCAUCACAGGUAGUAUGGAAGCUGAUGCGAUGGUGCACAUCACAAGGUGUAACUUCAUAAAGCUGUGGGAUAAGUUGAGUGCCGCUGAGCUGGACCUGCUUCAGAACUUUCAGGACAGGUGUAGAUGAACAUUGAAGAUCUAUAUUGUUUCUGAAAUGGUCUCAAAUAAAAAUAAAACCAAAAGGUUA